GACGCGGCCGGGCGGGAGUAAAGGGGCUGCCUAGGAGCCGCGCGAGCCUUCAGCAGAAGCGCGCUGCUUUGCCCUCCGCUGUCCCUGCUCCGCCCUCCGCAGCCCUCCACAGUCACCCCGGAGACCAGCCGUGUUAAGCUCUCUGCUCUGAAGCUGACUGACUUCCAUGGCAGCCGCGAAGAAAGCAGUUCUGGGGCCAUUGGUGGGAGCAGUGGACCAGGGUACCAGCUCGACACGUUUUUUGGUUUUCAAUUCAAAAACAGCUGAACUUCUUAGUCAUCAUCAAGUAGAAAUAAAACAGGAAUUCCCAAGAGAAGGAUGGGUAGAACAAGACCCGAAGGAAAUUCUGCAGUCCGUUUAUGAGUGUAUAGAGAAAACGUGUGAGAAACUUGGACAGCUCAAUAUUGAUAUUUCCAACAUCAAAGCCAUUGGUGUCAGCAACCAGAGGGAAACCACAGUAGUCUGGGACAAGCUCACUGGAGAGCCUCUCUACAAUGCCGUGGCUGCUCCAGUUUCUCCUGGCUCUUCAGUUCCAGUUGCCGUUGUCCCCUCUGGCUCUUCAGUUCCAGCUGCUGGUGCUUCCUCAGUGUGGCUUGACCUAAGAACCCAGUCUACUGUUGAGAACCUUAGUAAAAGAAUUCCAGGAAAUAAUAACUUUGUCAAGUCCAAGACAGGCCUUCCACUUAGCACUUACUUCAGUGCAGUGAAACUUCGUUGGCUCCUUGACAACGUGAAAAAGGUCCAAGAGGCUGUUGAAGAAAAUAGAGCUCUUUUUGGGACCAUUGAUUCAUGGCUUAUUUGGAGUUUAACAGGAGGAAUCCAUGGGGGUGUCCACUGUACAGAUGUAACAAAUGCAAGCAGGACGAUGCUUUUUAACAUUCAUUCUUUGGAAUGGGAUAAAGAGCUCUGCGAAUUUUUUGGAAUUCCAAUGGAAAUUCUUCCCAACGUUCGGAGUUCUUCUGAGAUCUAUGGCCUAAUGAAAAUCUCUCAUAGCCUGAAAGCUGGGGCCUUGGAAGGUGUGCCAAUAUCUGGGUGUUUGGGGGACCAGUCUGCUGCUUUGGUGGGACAAAUGUGCUUCCAGGAUGGACAGGCCAAAAACACGUAUGGAACAGGGUGCUUCUUACUGUGCAACACGGGCCAUAAGUGUGUAUUUUCUGAGCAUGGCCUUCUGACAACCGUAGCAUAUAAACUUGGCAGAGACAAACCUGUGUAUUAUGCAUUGGAAGGUUCCGUGGCUAUAGCUGGUGCUGUCAUCCGCUGGCUAAGAGACAACCUUGGAAUUAUUAAGUCUUCUGAGGAAAUUGAAAAACUUGCUAAAGAAGUAGGUACUUCUUAUGGCUGCUACUUCGUUCCAGCAUUUUCAGGGUUAUAUGCACCUUAUUGGGAGCCCAGUGCAAGAGGGAUCAUCUGUGGGCUCACUCAGUUCACCAAUAAAUGUCAUAUCGCUUUUGCUGCACUAGAAGCUGUUUGUUUCCAAACCCGAGAGAUUUUGGAUGCCAUGAAUCGCGACUGUGGAAUUCCACUCAGUCAUUUACAGGUAGAUGGAGGAAUGACCAGCAAUAAAAUUCUUAUGCAGCUACAAGCAGACAUUCUGUAUAUUCCAGUAGUGAAACCCUCCAUGCCUGAAACAACUGCACUAGGCGCUGCCAUGGCAGCUGGGGCUGCAGAGGGGGUUGGUGUGUGGAGUCUUGAACCUGAGGAUUUGUCAGCUGUCACAAUGGAGCGGUUUGAACCUCAGAUCAAUGCUGAAGAAAGCGAAAUCCGUUACUCCACAUGGAAGAAAGCUGUGAUGAAGUCAAUUGGUUGGGUUACAACUCAGUCUCCAGAAAGUGGUGACCCUAGUAUCUUCUGUAGUCUGCCUUUGGGCUUUUUUAUAGUGAGUAGCAUGGUAAUGUUAAUCGGAGCAAGGUACAUCUCAGGUAUCCCAUAAAUAAUACCACCUCACGGAUUUCCAAGAUGCAAGCUUUUUAAUGUGAUAUGAAAAUCUGACUAUUCUGUCUCAUAGUAUAAUGAUGCUAUUCAUAGACUCUGAUUUCUUUCAUAAGCCACUGGCUGCAUGAUCCUCUAAGCAGACCUAUGACUUGAAAUAAAGAAAAUGCAGCAGAAAGAAUCCUCCAGAAACAUUUAAUUUUUUUUUAACAUUGACAGUUAAGAUCGGGUCAGUCACCUUUGGGGCUGACCCCUGCCUCCACUGUCACGAUGUCCUACACUAUUCCCGUUAAGGUCUAAGGUGAUUUUGUAUCCUGUCUAUUGAAAUGUGCCAUCCAGUGUAUUCAGAUGCUAGUGGGUUACACAUGUUUGAGGAAGAGGUUGUUAUUAACCUGUUCAAAAUGAGUGGCUUCUUGCUUGUUUGCUUUUAACAGCUCAGAUGUCUUCUUUUCUAUAUAUUAGAAGGCCACAACAUUACUGGAUAUUUCAAAUGGAAACAUCUAAAGAAUUAUUGGAUAAUGAUUUGCUAUUCUUGUGGCUUAGACAUUUUCUGUACAGUGUUUGCCAAAAAUGAACCUUGUCAGGUGUUUUACACUGUCCACUAACUACCAUAGCUUUCUGUCUGGAUCUUACAGGAUAGAACACUUUCUUUUUCUGCUUUUUUUUUCAUUUCUCCGUUUUAUAUUUUUAUUCUGUAUGUAUAACAUACAUGCCUAUAUAUUUUAUAUGCUGAGAGUAGCCCAUUUAUAAAUUAAGAGCACAUUAUAUUCAAUAAGUUAUAAGAGGGCUGGUCUUAAGGGGACUACUAUGUAUAUAAAUUGGGGGAGGGCAAGCUGUAUACAUUUUUGGGCAACGGUUAUGCAUAUUAUUUACCAGAAGAAAAUUUUCUUAUAAAAUCAAACAUUUGAAACUUAAGUA